AUGGCUUCGGUAUCGACUCGGUCUGUCUCUAGACAUACGUCAAAUAUAUCACCAGAUACUUUCGCCUCAUCUACAGAUUCCCAGAUUGAAACUUUGUAUAGUCUUCCUGAUGCUCGCAUCGUUGAAUUUAAGCCACCAAGUCCAAACUCAAGCCUUAUCCGGAACAAUGAUACAGCUAUAGUUGAUGCUGAACCGGGUACGCUCUCUUGGGCCUCCAAAUUUGAGAGAACCAUAGCCGUCGGCUUUUUGCGGAUUUACCGGGCACCAGGCUCCGUAGCUUUCCUGAAUUGCCAAAACGCCGUCCGUCCUAUACUUCCAAAAUCUCAAGCUUGGUGUGUAGAUGGAAUUUCCAAGUUCGUCUUACGAUCGCCACCUCUCUUUUGGCGCAUUGAGGUUCCCAGUAACAGUCCUGAUGAGCUACAGAGAAUAGAAGAGCUCAAAAGGGUCUUGGACAAAAUUCUACGUUUCGACAGAACCCCUUGUCCUUUCGAAAGGCAUUUCAGUAUAGAGUUGCUAGAACCUCCAUCAACACCAACUAGGAAAAAACCCGUAAGGAACUUUAACGAAGUAAAGGAAAGAAAUAAAAAAAUUGAAAAUGCACCAAAUAUAGAAUCAGACCAUUCGAAGAUAAAUGUUCAAAGAGAUCUCAGACGAACCCCAAGUCUAUCAUCACUCCCAGACAAGUUUUCUACGACUAAGAUAAAAUCAAAGACUAAGGAUCCUGCUCGAAAUUUGGCUUCCAGCAUACCUAGUGUUCCGGUCCAACUAUCCGAAAAAAAUCUGAAGCUACAUAAUAAAGCUGAAUUCGAUGAUGCCUCCAUGAUAUUUGGUUCAGCAACACUGGAAUUUCACGAAAUAUCAUACCAAAAUAAAAUAAAUGCCGAAUUAGGAAAUGAAAUCAACAAAAUUUGCCCGCUUCUAUCAAAUAAUCACUUUGAGGCUACAACAGAUUCACCCACGGAUCAAUAUAUGACAUCUCCCAUGUACCAUAACAGUGGACGCUCUUCCAUGGUAUCUCCGUUCAUAUCUAUGAUUAUGAGCCCAUCUUUCAAGCAGUCCAAUUUUUCAUCACGAAAUAUUACCAUUUCAAAAGAUUGUGAAUCAGAAGUUUCGAGCAGUGGCUCAUUUUAUAGCUCGCAAUCAUGGCACUCUCCGCUCGACCUUCCAUCAGUAGCAAACUCUCAUGGAUCCGAAAAUAUAGCCUAUCCUUACCCACACGACAGUAUAUGUGGUCCUGUUGGAAACGCUAUCUCAUGUAAUGAUUCAAGGUCUGUCAAGGCUCCAGUCUCAACCGAAUCCUGGGAUGGCUCAUCUUCAGAUGGAGAGUCACAUGAAUAUAGCUUGUGCUCAAAUCCAAAGACGCCGACAUUAACAGAUGAUCGCAGUGAAAAAUCUGAGGACGAUUGUCAUGAGAUAACCACCCCCUCUCAUUCUAAAAAUGCUCAGAUAUGUCACGGGAGCCCGAAACGCAUAGGCAGCAAGAUGAAACGAGCAAGUGUAUCAUCAUUAUCCCUCGCAGGCAGCAGGAAAAUGCUACAAAUGGCUCACCAGCUACCUACAGCAAUAAUACAGAAAACUUUCGGUGCACUCCUCAGUCCACCGACCCAUCUUUGUCACUUGAUGCUGCGAAUCGCCUCGAGGAUAGCAGCUGGUGAAUGGCGGGGAAUGCUUUCGAAUUAUGGAGAGUUAGUUCACUGGGAUUUUGAGGAUGAAUAUGGCGAAGAUGAGCAGGACGAAGAGGGCACUCAAUCGCUCCCGAUCAGUGGGAGGGAAAUCAAGAAGGUAGUAUACUCAAAUUGGGAGGUUGAUUGA